GAACACUGAAAGUGUUAGCAACUUAGCAAAGGCGCGAAUAAAACUGGUGAACAAUUUUUAAAAAAAAAAAAAGUUUUUGAAAAUUAUUUUAAAAAAGCCCAACAAACCACAAAAUAACUAAUUAAUUUUUAUUACUUAGAAAAUAUAUAAAACGAAUUUAAAACAACGACAUACCAAAAAGAAAAUUACCGCUAACAAGUGUUAAAAAUUGAUUUGAAAUUUUCAAUUUUUUUUAAUUCUAUUAAUAACAAAUAAAAGUUUGCUUUUUAAUACAAAUUAAAAAGUUAUACAAUAAAUUUUACAAACAAUAAAAAUGGUGGAAAAAGUCGAUAUGUCAGCCAUGGUUGGUGUUAAGGACAUCACAGAUAAUAAAAAGAUUUGGCGUCAACUGUUGGCCGAAUUGAUUGGUACAUUCUUUUUGGUUGUCAUUGGUGUUGGCAGUUGUACAGGUGGUUCAGAAUGGAAACCAUCAAUACCACAAAUAGCCUUUACUUUCGGUUUAACCGUGGCCACAUUGGCUCAGGCCAUUGGACACAUUUCCGGUUGUCAUAUUAAUCCAGCUGUUACCCUGGGCUUCCUUGUCGUUGGCGAAAUGAGCAUAAUCAAAAGUGCUCUCUAUAUGGCUGUACAAUGUGUGGGUGCUAUUGCAGGAGCUGCCGUCAUUAAAGUUGGUGUCUCCGAAGCUGUGGGUGGUCCUGAAUUGGGUGUUUCCGGUUAUGCUGGCUCCUUAACAGUGGGUCAAGCUGUGCUCAUCGAAGCUUUGAUUACUUUCAUUUUGGUGUUUGUUGUUAAGGCUGUAUCCGAUCCCGGACGUACCGAUAUUAAGGGUUCUGCUCCCUUGGCUGUGGGUUUAUCCAUAGCAGCUGGUCAUUUGUGUGCCAUUAAUCUUACCGGUGCUAGCAUGAAUCCAGCCCGUUCUUUUGGCCCCUCUGUGGUACAAAACAUGUGGAUGGAUCAUUGGGUAUAUUGGGUGGGUCCUUUUGCUGGCGCUGCCGUGGCUGCUUUGCUCUAUAAGUUUGUUUUCAAAGUACGCAAGGGUGAUGAUGAGGCCAACUCUUAUGAUUUUUAAGUAAACACAUUCAAGUUACAGUAUAAUUUUUAACUUUAAACGAAAACUUAAUCCAAAAACUUCAAAAAAAUUUCUAAAAUUUAAGCCAAGUAAAAAAGUAUACCAACCUCAUUGCUAUUAUUUGCUUUGUUAAACGCUAAGUUGUAAAGAAAAUAUGUAUCUAGAUAUAAAACAAACCAAAACUAACCAGUUACGAAAAAUACACAAUCUUUUUGAUUUAAUUUCAACAAAA